UAGCGCUGAGUUGUUUGUCUGCGUCUUCUCCCCCCCCCCCCUCUCUCUCUGACCUUCUUCGUUUUCUUUCUCUGCACUCCAUCCUCCGCCACUCCUGUCUGUGUUAUUGUUUUAUAUCUUUUCUUAAAUCCUCUUCUCUUUUUCAGUUCCACCCUUCUCCUUCUGCUUCCCACCCCCCUUCCCUCUUUCGCUAUCCGUUCUUCCUCAUUUUCUACCAUAAAUUUUUCCCACUUCUCUUAAAAUAAACGAAAGCACAGCCCGAUUCAGUUUUAUAUCUUUUUUCAAGUGCUGCUACCUCUUAAUCUUGGAUAGAAUUUAAUAUCCAUAACAAAAUUAAUUAUUUCCCCUUGUUUCCGUUUUCUUGUAAUAAUUUUUCUGUCUCUCUCUUUGAUGUGUAUAUGGCUGGUCUGGAUUUAGGCACUGCUUCUCGCUUUGUUCAGAAUCUUCACAGACCUGACUUGCACCUUCAGCAGCAGUCGCACCAACCCGAUUCCGAAGAAGAUGGCAAUCGGCUGGCCCCUUUUUCUUCCGAAGAUGAUCCCCACCAGGGCCUCGAGCUCGCUUCAGCCUCCGCAGGUCCCGGCGACAUCGUCGCUCGCCGUCCCCGUGGCCGCCCUCCUGGUUCAAAGAACAAGCCCAAACCGCCAGUCAUCAUCACCAGAGAAAGCGCCAACACCCUCCGCGCUCAUAUCCUAGAAGUCGCCAGCGGCUCCGAUGUCUUUGACUCCGUCGCCACCUACGCACGUCGUCGCCAGCGCGGGAUCUGUAUUCUGAGCGGCAGCGGCAGCGUCACCAAUGUGGCCCUGAGGCAGCCGGCUGCCGCUGGAGCCGUGGUCAACCUUCACGGAAGGUUCGAGAUAUUGUCACUGUCGGGAUCGUUCCUACCACCUCCGGCCCCGCCAGGUGCGACGAGCCUGACUGUAUACUUGGCGGGAGGGCAAGGACAAGUUGUGGGAGGAAGUGUGGUGGGAGAGUUGACGGCAGCGGGACCGGUCAUGGUGAUUGCAUCUUCGUUUACGAACGUGGCGUACGAGAGGUUACCGCUUGAUGAGCAGGAGGAGCAACUCCAGAUGCAACCACCGGCUGCUUCUUCUCAGGGAUCGGCGGCGGCGGCUGCUUUCCCUGACCCAUCCUCCGGUCUACCCUUCUUCAAUUUGCCCCUUAAUAUGCAGAUUCCUGUGGAAGGCUGGGCCUCCGGCAACUCGGUCCCCCGUCCUCCUUUUUGAUCUCCAAUUCUUCCACUGGUCAAACCUCAACUCAACUCAGUUUUUCUCAUCUUUUACGUACCUCAAGCGCCACUUGAAGCAAUUGCCAACUGCAUUUGAUGCACAUAUGUACCUAUAUAACUCAAGGUCAGCGAAUUCAUGAUGGGCUAUAAUUUAGUUAUGACCGUUCUCAAUGUUUCUUCUUCUUCUUCUCAUCUUUAUUUUCGACUUUAUAUAUGCUGCUGCUGAUUUUGAUAUAGUUCACUUCUCCGUCUGGUGCGUUUGCGUUGUACACUUGUACUUCUACUUAAUUAAUGUCUCAUUGGUUUUUUUUUGGUUUGUCAUAUAUCUUGAGUCUCCUGUAACUCUGCUAUUACUUGCAUUGAUUUGGCAAUCAAUUUCUUCUUCUUAAUUAAA